AUGCCUCUUCAUUACAACCUGGUCUUUGCACUUUUGAUCUUCGAGGUUGCUCUGUUUGCCCUCAUCUCGUUGCCUUUGCCCAGCAAGGUCCGCAAGCCGCUGCUCAAGACGCUGAGCGGCCCGUUCCACUCGCAGCAUUUCCAGAUCACAACCAAAUGUGUUCUUGGGUUUGUGCUCGUGCUGUUCCUUGACGCGCUCAACAGAAUGAAAACUGUCACCAACGAGCUCCAAUCGCAACAGGACAGUCCUGUGGCCAGUGCAGUGGGCAUCCACGAGUCUCGCUCUGAGAUCCAGGCCAAACGCUUCUACGCCCAGAGAAACGUCUAUCUCUGUGGCUUCACUCUUUUCCAGACCCUGAUCGUCAACCGGACCUUCUCGUUGGUGUUUGAGUUACUUGCUGUGAAGGAGAAACUGGCAGAGAGCCAGAAGAAAGAGAACAUCGACAGUCUGGACACAGUGGACGACAAAAAGGUCGAGGAGCUCAAGUCCAAAAUCGCCCAGCAGGACGAGACCAUUGAGAACCUCAAGUCACAGGCCUCAGCACUGUCCGACGAGUACGACGGGCUGUCCAAACGAAAAGUGUGA